AGGACACAACAAUGGUCUGUGAUGUAAGCAAUAACGACAAGACCAAUAAUGCCAAGCUGUGGGGUACGGAACACAAUUACAGCAUUCAACUGGUCCAGUUUUGUGAUGAGAAAUGAGAAUUUAGCCAGAAAUAUCGAGAUAAAUAUAUCGCGGCGAAAAUGUCGAUAAUUCCGCGUUCAGAAAACCUGGAGUCUUGUCAAAGGCAACAUGGACGAUGGAACGCAUGGUGCCGAGGAGAAGCAAGAUCAGGCGAUGGAUCAGGGCAAAUCACAUUCAUCCUGUGUUGAUAAAGAAAAUGAAAGCAGCGAAAAAGAAAUAAUUGAAUUAACAGAAGGGCUGGCCAAUUCAACUGAUGUGAAAGUGACAAACGAUGACAUCCGACCUUGUAGAGAAGAAAAAGAAACCAAGUGUACGGAGAACGAAAAAGCUGGAGAGUGUUUGACAGAAGAGUCGACAUCUCUUGCAAAGAUGAUUAGCUUUCGUGUUGUGUGGAAUAAGAAAAACUAUGAUGUGACUUUCAAUUCUAAUGACACGGUAGAAAGCUUAAAGAAACACAUUGAAACGCUGACAGGUUUACCUGUUUCAACCCAAAAGUUAAUGUACAAAGGUUUAGUGAAGGAUGACUCAAAAACAUUAAAUGACAUUAAAUUAAUAAACAAUGCUAAAAUGAUGGUGAUUGGUUCAACUGUCAAGGACAUCAUGGCUGUCAACAUUCCUCCUAGUGCUAAGGCCCUGAAAGAGGAAACUGCUGCAGCAGCUUCUUCGAAAGAGCCUUGGUCGCAACAGAAGAUGCACAAGAAGAUUUUAGACAAAGGCAAACCGGAAGAUGCUAUGCCUGGUGAUAAAACAAAAAAGGAACCAUUGCCACGUCAGCCUAUCUCGGGAAUGCUAAAUAAAGCAGCUGGAAAAGUCAGAUUAACAUUCAAACUUGAGGUUGAUCAAUUAUGGAUUGGAACUAAAGAAAGAACUGAAAAAAUAUCAAUGGGUUCUAUAAAGAAUGUCUUAUCCGAGCCAAUAGAAGGCCAUGAAGAUUAUCAUGUGCUGGCAAUUCAGCUUGGUCCAACAGAAGCAUCAAGAUACUGGGUCUACUGGGUUCCUGCACAGUAUGUAGAUGCUAUAAAAGACACUAUACUAGGAAAAUGGCAGCCUUUUUAGCAACAAAAAGUUAGCAGAUGUACAUUUGAAAAGCAUCCAGUAGAUAACUGCAGCUCAGAUUUGACAAACUAAAAUGCAGGGGUUCAUUGCGGGUAUCGUACAAUAAACUGUUUUGGUUUGCAAAUUUGACUUGUGUAGUAAUGGCCGAUUGUUCAUUCAACACAAGCCAUUGCAGUUUGUGAAAGAUACUAUGACCCACACUGCACCCCUCGCUGUGUAGGCUAAUUGUUGUAGUUCCCUUCAGAUAUAGCUAGCUUUUUGGUCCAACUGGGCAGAACAGAGAUGGAUGGUAAUCACCAGGAAAAGGUUGGAAUUGUAUAAGUUGACUAAUCUCAGCAACAGUGUUUAAUCAGACUAACUUACUGUAGUUUGUGCUGUCAACCUGUGCAUUAAACAAGAGAAAUUAA